AUGCCCACCCCCAAGAUCAUCCUCUACACAAACCGCGGCUGCCCAUGGGCCCACCGCGCCCACAUCGCCCUGAAGGAAUCAGGACUAGACUACGAGGAAGUCACCAUCGACCUGACAAAGCCCCGUGAACCAUGGUAUCUGGAUGUGAACCCUCGCGGCCUUGUCCCAAGUCUGUCCUACAACAACCAAAUCAUAACCGAAAGCGGCAUUGUAGCCCAAUUUCUCGCAGAUGCUCACCCCUCCCACCUCCUGCCACCCUCGGGACCGGCCGAGAAUUCCCUUUACCGUGCUCGCGCGGCCUUCUUCAUUGAUGCCUUCUUUAGCAAAGUCAACCCAUAUCUCUUUGCUAGUUUGAAGGCUGCCAAUGAGGACGAGAGGGAUGCGGCUGCGACAGCUUUGGCUGAGGCUGCUGUGAAGGAAAUUGAGCCUUUGCUUGAGGACGGCAAGGGACCUUUCUUUGGUGGAAGUGAGAAAUUGACUAUUGUUGAGGUUCAAUCGGGCUCUUUCCUACUUCGCAUUCUUGGCUUUGCAAAGCCUGAACAUGGUCUUGUUAGUGCCAAGUUGCCUGCUUUGUUGGAGCGCGCGCCGCGCUUUAAGCGGUGGGCUGAGGCUACUAUUGCUCAUGAGAGUGUUAACUUCAUUUGGGAUGAGAAGGCUGUUGCUGAUAAGAUGCGGGCUAAGUUUGCUCCGAAAUAA